CCCCCCCCCCCCCCCCAAAAAAAAAUCAAAUAGUUGCUUGCCUGUUUUUCUGUGGCUAACAUCUUCCUUUCCUCCCUUCGCCCCUAUCUAUUAAAACAACUACUUCAAUUAAGCUAAGGAUUUUCACCCAAAAUAAUUAAUGGAGUCUUGGGUAGUUUCAGUCUUUGGGAGCCUAGGAACUAUCUUGUCAUUCUUGCAGUAUGUAUCUCCAGUGCCAACAUUUUAUAGGAUAGUGAAGAAUAAAUCAACCGAAGAAUUUGAAAGUCUUCCAUACAUAUGCACCGUGUUGAACUCCGCCUUAUGGACUUACUACGGCAUCAUUAAACCUGAUUAUUUUGUUUCCGCUGUUAAUGGAUUUGGAGCUGCCUUGGAAGCCAUUUACGUGCUCCUUUUUAUCAAAUAUGCACCACCCAAAAAGAAGGCUAAGACAGCCACAAUGGCUAGCAUAUUAAACAUAGGCGUAGUCGGCGCAGCAAUUCUGGUAACAUACUUUGGAGUGCACGGUCAAUUGCGAACCCAAGUGGUGGGCCUAAUAUGCUUGACCCCAAUGGUGGCUAUGUAUGCUUCUCCUCUUGCUGUUCUGGAAACAGUGAUAACAACCAAGAGUGUAGAAUAUAUGCCCUUUGGUCUAUCAUUUGUCCUCUUUGUGACUGGAGGUGUUUGGACGGUUUAUGCAAUUCUGGUGCAUGACUAUUUCCUCGGGGUACCAAACGGGAUAGGGUUUUUGUUUGGGGCAAUACAACUUAUUGUGUAUUGCAUAUACAGAAAUCAUAAAGGUUCACACGGGCCUUCCUUGCAAGCAUCAAUUGAAGAGGGGACAACACAAGAUCCUCUUCUUAGGCAUCAAAAUCAGCCAGAAACAUAAAAAAGUAGUUAUUGAAAGAAAUGAAAUUUGGACGCGUUUUUUUAUAACCAUAGUAGAUUUUUGUUGUCUCUAAGAUAAAUAUAAUACCGAUAACUAGUUUUUGGCAAAGGGAUGUUCUUGACCAUCUCAUGUAAUUGAAGUGAAAUAUUAUUUCACAUAAUUCGAGAUAAAAUUAGUUGCAUGCAAUUGAAUAUGGACACGUAUAAAACCAAUAACUAGUUAUUGGUUAAGGUAAAUUUCCAAUCAUCCCAU